AUGCUCACCUACUGUAGAUUUGUGAUCCUCAUCGUGGGAGUGAAUGUGAUGUGAGUUUCGAAGGCAAUUUGUCUCAAGAAAUUGAAUUUUGAAUGGGAAAAAUUUUGUUGAUUGGUAGAAAAUGUCGAAAAUUUUGCAUAAUUUUUUAGUAAUUUUGUUAAAAUACGAUUUUUCUAACACUCGAGCGCACCUUUAUUGGCCGGCUACACGAACAUUCAGACUGCUCCAAACCCAGCGAAACUUUCAAAUCUGUGCCUAUGGACAGUUCUAAGAAACUUUCCAGUUAACUUUUUUUGAUUACUUACCGUAGUCCGGGUUACUGUAACUUGACCUCAAAAUUUAUAUCUCGAUAACCAGACGUCGUAGAAGGACGGGACCUUCACCAUUAUGUUCCUCGUGCAAAAUAACAUGUUUUUAAUUAAAAUUUAAAAAAAUUACACAUAAAAAACCCGUUAAAAAUUCGAAAAUUUGCAUAUUUUUCAGAUGUUUAAAAAUUUAUGUUUUUUAUAGCUUUUGUUUAGAACCCGAGAUUUCAUUAGUAUUUUACCGCUCGUAAAUAAUAUUUUCUACUAAAUUUUACAAAUGAUUUUCAGCUCAUUAUCAGCACAAAGCCGCGCCGCCACCUGGAAGUCCGCUCUGAAUUUUGGGCCCGACUUCGAGAAGGAUUGGAUUCAGAUGGGAGAGUAAGGAAGAAAAACGUAAAUUUUUUGUCAGUCUGUCGGGAAAAUACAGUGAAGGACCCAAUCCAGUGGCAAAAAAAGUACCAUUUUGCAUCCGGGAAGCAUCAAAAAGGUGGCAAAAUGCUUCCCUCUCCAAAAGAAAAAGCGUUGUUUUGAAACUUUCCGAUCGCAUCGCUGAAAUGAAAAGCAAUUUGAUUUUGUCGCAAGACAAUUCAUUUUCUCGACGGCGAUGCCAUUUUCGAUGCGACAAAGCGCUCAUUAUUUUCCCGACAGACUGGUAUAAAAAUUUUUUAUUCUUUUUUCCAUAUAAAAAAUUCCAGGAGCUCCGAGAAACGCGAACCGAACGCGCCGCGUCCGAAGCCCGAGAUCGCCAAGGAGAGUCUGCGCGGAAUGAUGUCGGAUGAGCCGAUCGGGUCGGGGAAGCUGGCCUCCAAGAACUGCUUCUUCUCGCCCGUCCAGUGCAGCUUCUUCUACAAACGCAACUACGACCCCUUCCCUUAUAGCCGUUUUGUCUAA